GCGCAUGUGUAGCUUGCGACUGAAUUCAGUCUACACCACAACACAGGCAAAGCAGCACCACAAGCAGAAGUGGAAGAACGUUCACGCUGGUGGCUCUGAAGCACACACCACACACACCCAUCACAUCACCACACACACAUCACAUCACACACACACAGACAGAGCGGCAUGGGUUCGUCGCGACAGAAGCACUUCCUGCUGCCGGAGGAAGAUGAAGAGCAGGUUGGCGGUUUGGUUGUACCUGCGAAGAAGAAGGCAAAGUCUGGCGCUGAUACCGCGAGCACAUCAAGGCUUGGCUUGGACAUACUGGCCAGGAAAAAGAGAGCAGAGCGACAGGCAAACCUACUCAGCUUCGGUGGCGCAGAAGGCGAUGACGAUGACGACGAGGGGGAAGAUCCCGUCAUCGCAGCCGCACGCAAGCAGCGCGACACAUCAGCCGCGGCAGAGCACAGCAGCGACGAUGCCACUUCAACGGCUGAGAAACGCGCCACCCGCUCAUAUCGUCAGCGCACCCGUGAUACCGAAAACUACGGCGAAGAUGAUGGUGGUGAUGGUGCUCGUGGCAUCAGGCGUGACGAGGACAAGGAGGAGCGACACCACGACCGCGACCGCAACCGCGACCGCGAUCGUGACCGAGGCAGAGAUGGGGACGCAGGGCGAGACAGGGACAGAGGCAGCUACGAUGACCGCGAUAGGGACAGGCAAAGGGACAGCCGGAGAAGCAGGGAUAGGGAUGAUCGGCGCAGCAGCCAAAGCAGGAGCAGAAGCAGGGGCAGGAGCCGGUGGGAUGACGAGGGUGAUCAUUCACGGCGCGGACGUGAUUACAGAAGCAUCAGCAGGGACCGUGACCGUGAUCGUGAUCGUCACCGCACACCACCUCGCGUGCACAUUCGCCCGUCCGAUGAGCCGGUCGAGCGGGACGACAAAGGGUAUGCGAAGCCUCCGCGAUUCGUGCCAAAGGCAAGCAAAGGCGCCGCACUGCGCACCCGCACGCGCGUGAUUGCAGACACGGACGACCGCGUGGCCACGCCCGUCCGCGACGAGGUGUAUGCGCGCCACCGCGAUGCCCGACCCGCAGCCGGUGGUCUGUACAGCAAACCAUCGUCGACGCGACAGGGCGGGCGGCGCGGUGGCCUUGGUCGUGAUGACGACGACUAUCAGCCCCGCAUCAGCCGCGGUCGCCGCUGGUCGGAGUCGCCCCGCCCGCGCAGUGCACGACCGGAGAGCACGCCCGAGAUGUACAAGUCGACGCCGAUUGAGCGGCCGUCAUAUCGCGACGCAAAGUGGGCUGCAUCGCCAGCACCAGCAGACAAAACAACAACAGCAGCGGGCAAAGCGACAGCAGCAGGUGGGGAGGGGCAGCAGCCAGCGGCGUAUCUUGACGAUGACGACAUCACGUUUAUGAACGAAGAGGACCGGCUGCAGUGGGAGGCGGACCAGGAGGAGAUUGACCGCUCGUGGUACCACAUGGACGCAACACACGACGACGACUACAACCCCUUUGCGGGCAUGGAGUCAUACGCUGCCCAGAAGGAAGCAACCGUCAAGAAAGUUGCAAAGGAGGACCGCGUGACGGCGUUUCAGCGGCAGCGCAAUGCGGACCAGGACCGCUGGGAACGCAACCGAAUGCUGCAAAGCGGUGCUGUGCACGCAACCUCUGCCGACGAUGACAUGGAGGAUGAUGAGGAAGGCAAGCUGCACAUCCUCAUCCACCACACCGUGCCGCCGUUCCUUGAUGGCCGGCUCAAGUUGAGCAAGCAGCCCGAGCCCGUUGUUCCCGUCCGCGACGUCACCUCAGACUUUGCCAUCCUCGCAAAGAAGGGCUCCCAGCUGGUCCGCCGGGAGCGCGAGAAGCAGGAGGCGAUUCGAUCGCAGAAGAAAGAGUGGAAUCUCGCCGGCACCAAGCUGGGAAACAUCAUGGGCGUCAAGGAGAAGAAGGAGGAGUCAGGCAUGCCCCAUGCAGAGCACGGCGAUGAUUACAAGUCUGACUCGCAAUUCAAGGAGCACAUGAAGGAGAAAUCGCAGGCGUCGUCGCACUUUGCGCGCACGAAAACCAUCAAGCAGCAGCGUCAGUAUCUGCCCAUCUUCGCUGUCCGCCACGAACUCAUGAAUGUCAUCCGAGACAACCAGAUUGUUGUGCUUGUUGGCGAGACGGGAUCUGGCAAAACGACGCAGCUGACGCAGUACCUCUACGAGGAGGGAUACGGUACCUUCGGGCAGAUUGGGUGCACGCAGCCGCGCCGCGUGGCCGCCAUGUCUGUUGCCAAGCGCGUGAGCGAGGAGGUUGGGUGCACCCUCGGCACCACCGUCGGAUACUCCAUCCGCUUUGAAGAUGUCACAUCCAAGGAGACGGUGAUCAAGUACAUGACGGACGGCAUCCUGCUGCGCGAGUCGUUGAACGAGGGGGACCUGGACCAAUACAGCGCAAUUGUUAUGGAUGAAGCACACGAGCGCUCGCUCAACACCGAUGUCCUGUUUGGCCUCCUGCGUGACGUCAUUGCAAAGCGGCGCGAUCUCAAGCUGAUUGUCACUUCUGCCACCAUGGAUUCGGACAAGUUUGCGCAAUUCUUCGGCAACGUGCCUGUGUUCAAGGUGCCUGGUCGCACAUUUCCCGUGGAUGUGUUCCACACGCGCAGCCCCGCUGACGACUAUGUGGAGGCGGCAGUGAAGCAGGCGAUCCAGAUCCACUUCCAGCCAAACCCCGGUGACAUCCUCAUCUUCAUGACGGGGCAGGCCGACAUUGAGGUCACGUGCACGGUUCUCGCGGACCGAUUGGAGGACGCGGGUGAGGAUGUGCCGCCACUCAACAUCCUCCCCAUCUACUCCCAGCUGCCCUCAGACCUCCAGGCCAAAAUCUUUGCCAAGUCUGAUGUGCGCAAGUGCGUUGUUGCGACAAACAUUGCGGAGACGUCCCUGACGGUUGAUGGCGUGAUGUAUGUCAUUGACUGCGGGUUCUGCAAACUCAAGUGCUACAACCCGCGCAUUGGUAUCGACGACCUCCAGAUUUACCCCGUCUCCCAGGCGAACGCCAACCAGCGGUCGGGCCGCGCUGGGCGGACAGGCCCCGGGAAAUGCUUCCGGCUGUACACGGAGGCAAUGUACAAGCAUGAGCUUCUGCCGAUGACUGUACCCGAGAUCCAGCGCACCAACCUGGCCAACGUGGUGCUGCUGCUCAAGUCGCUUGGCGUGGAAAACCUGCUCGAUUUCCAUUUCAUGGACCCGCCCCCUGAGGAGAACAUGAUGCAAUCAAUGUACCAGCUGUGGAUCCUGGGCGCGCUGGACAACACGGGGAUGCUCACGCCUGUUGGGCGGCAGAUGGUUGAGUUCCCGCUCGCCCCUGCGCUCAGUCGGAUGCUGAUUGCAUCGGCAGAGAUGGAGUGCUCCUCGGAGAUUCUCACCAUUGUCAGCAUGCUCUCUGUCGACAAGCACUUCUACCGGCCGCGCGGCCGCGAGGAAGAGAGCGAUAACAAGCGAGAGAAGUUCCAGGUGCCGGAGAGCGACCACCUCACGCUCUUGCACGUGUACCAGCAGUGGAAAGCAAACAAGUACAGCUCGCGCUGGGCUGCUGAGCACUUUAUCCACUCAAAGUCCAUGAAGAAGGUACGCGAGAUUCGGGCGCAGCUGCUGGAUAUCAUGAAGACGCAGCGCAUUCCACAUGUGUCGUGCGGAACCGACUGGGACGUCGUGCGGAAGUGCAUCUGCAGUGCUUACUUUCACCAAGCGGCGCGUCUCAAGGGCAUCGGCGAGUAUGUGAAUGCGCGCACGGGCAUGCCGUGCCACCUGCACCCGACGUCGUCGCUGUAUGGGAUGGGUGUCAACCCGGACUGGAUCAUCUACCACGACCUUGUGAUGACCACCAAGGAGUACAUGCAGUUUGUGACGGCUGUGGAGCCCGCGUGGCUGGCAGAGCUCGGCCCCGUGUUCUACAGCGUAAAGGACGCGUCGCAGUCGCGUUUGGAGCGCAAGAAGGCGGCAGCGAUGGCGGCAAAACACAUGGAGAAGGAGAUGGAGGAGGCGCAGCGCAUCAUCCAGGAGCGCAGUGCACAGAAGGAGGCCCGCCGCAAGGCCAAGAUCAGAAACACACGCAUUGCAACGCCGGGUGCUACGCCAGGCACGCCACGUACGUGGCACGGCCGCCCAGGGCUCUAACACCGUCAUGUGUAUGUGUGUUUCUACGUGUGUAUGUGUGUGGGUCUGUCUGUCUCUGUCUGUCUGUCUGUCUGUCUGUC